AAUUCCUUGUAUCGGAAGUAAAUGCGCGGCCAUUUUGGAAAUAAAUCUUACGUAUCAACCAGAUUUGAAAAGAAGAGACUCAACCGAAAAAUAUGGAGGUGCGACACAGAGGAUCUCCUGAUCAUGAUGCAAUGGCUCCAGAUUCCACAGAACAAGACAGUGAUUUGAACGAGAUGCAGGGCGCUUGUUCUUUACCGAUCGUUAUUGCAACGGAAGACCAUGCGUUUGAACUGGACGAGAAAGCAUUAUCCAAAAUCCUUCUAGAUGAUAGCAUCAGAGACAAGAAAGUAGCUGUUGUUUCUGUGGCUGGUGCUUUUAGGAAGGGGAAAUCAUUCUUAUUGGAUUUUUUCUUGAGAUAUUUGGACCGAAAGGACUCAUGUGAUGAUUGGCUCGGUGGAGAGACGGAGGCCCUGGAGGGCUUCAGCUGGAGAGGAGGAUCAGAAAGGGACACCACAGGGAUCCUGAUGUGGAAUAAACCUUACAUUUGCAAGCGCCCAGAUGGGGAAGAGGUGGUGGUAUUGCUGAUGGACACACAGGGAGCAUUUGACAGCUCAUCCACCGUGAAAGACUGUGCCACCAUCUUUGCACUUAGUACGAUGACCAGCUCAACACAGGUGUACAAUGUCAGUCAAAAUAUUCAGGAGGAUGACUUGCAACAUCUUCAGCUCUUCACAGAAUAUGGUAAACUGGCCAUGGAAAACAAUGAAAUCAAGCCAUUCCAGCGUUUGCUGUUUCUGGUCCGUGACUGGAGCUUUCCAUAUGAGGCAAAUUACGGCGAGGCAGGUGGUAGCCAGAUACUUGAGCGCAGGCUCAAGACGACAGAGCGACAGCACUCUGAGCUGUUACAGGUGCGCAAGCACAUCAAGGAGUGUUUUGAGAAGAUUGGCUGUUUCCUCAUGCCCCACCCUGGACUAAGGGUCGCUACCAACCCCACCUUUGAUGGCCGACUUGUAGAUAUUGACGAUGAGUUCAAGGAAAAUCUGCGAAAGCUGAUCCCAUCACUGCUAGCUCCAGAGAACUUGGAAUUGAAGGGAAUCAAUGGGGAGGAAGUGACCUGUAGAGGACUUUUAGAAUACUUUAAGGCUUAUAUGAAAAUAUUCCAGGGAGACGAGUUACCUCAGCCCAAGUCCAUGCUUUUGGCAACAGCAGAAGCGAACAACCUGGCGGCCUUGGCUACUGCUAAAGAUACCUACAGCAAAGCCAUGGAGUCUGUUGUUGGCGGAGACAUGCCAUACCUCUCACCUAAUGAACUGGAGCGCAAGCACCUCGAGACCCGCGACUCCGCCCUGUCGCACUUCCACGGCACCCGCAAGAUGGGCGGCAAGGAGUUCAGCGAGAAAUACGUGGAGCAGCUACUCAAGGAGAUCGACGAGACUUUCGAGAACUUCGUCAAGCUUAAUGACAGCAAGAACAUCUUCAACGCCGCGAGGACGCCUGCCGUGUUCUUCACCAUCGUGGUGCUAUCGUACAUCUUGUCCAGCGUGUUCAACUCGAUCGGCAUUCUCUCGUUCACGCGCAUGUGUAAUCUCACCAUCUGGAUGGGCUUGCUAGGGAUUCUGGUCUGGUCGUAUAUCAGGUUCAGCGGCGAGUUCAGGGAGUUUGGCGCAAAGCUGGAUCACCUGGCCGAGUUGAUCUGGGACGAGCUAUUCAUUCCUAUGUAUAAUGCCGCUCUGCGAAAAGGAACAAGUGCAGUAGUGGCGUCGACGGCACGGCUCCAAAAGAAAAAGAACAAAUGAUCAGCUCUCCACCUAUAGAUUGUAAAUAAGAAUGUCAAUAACACUGCAGUUAUAUGAACUCGGUAUUUAUGAAUUCGGUGCCCGUCUCGCACUUGUACAAGGCCCAAUACGCCACGAGUGAUGCCUACUGAAACAAUGCCGAUACUUGAACGAAAAGAUUGCCAAGAGGCCCUCCCAAGGCAUCCCGAGCUGAUGUCACGCAAUGCCAAUAACGCGUCGCUUGGCAUCACCCGCCAAUGAAUCAAUGCCAAAUGACUUUAGAAUAGAUGGGGAGGGGGGGGGGAAGUUUCUGAUAAUUUUUGUUUUGGUGGAGGACCGCCCCAUUCUAGUCUGCGUCCAAGAGGCUGAGAAAAGGAACCCGCACGCAGCUGGGGCCGGUUCCUAGAAAGCAGGUUAGCUCAAACCCAGGGAUAAAUAUCUCGAAAUGUUAUUGGGUUAAAAGGGCAUUCAUCCCUGGGUUAGCGAUAACCUGCUUUCUAAGAACCGGGCCCGUUGAAGGAAAAAUCUGUUUUGUUCCCCCUUCACCACAUCUUGGGCGGCUAAAUCGCUCAUCGCCUUUUGCGCUCGUUAAAAAGGCUACCAGCAUUCAUCCUAAGCAUCAAUCCUUGAUUAUUAUUUUUUCUUUAAUUGGAUGCCCUGCCCAAAAGAAAGCGUUUGAUUGGUAAAGACCACAUUAAUAUAAAAGAAGGAAGUACAAAAAUUUAAAAAAGAAAAAGCCAAAUAUAACAAAAUUGACGAAAAUAAGUUGCCGACCCAACCCAGUUGAAGAUUCCAGGAUGCCUGUGUAUUGACGUUAUUAUGUUUUUGUGAAGAAAUUUGAUCGCACCAGCAAGGAUUGUUAUUUUGCUUGUUACCAGCACCAGGCAAUUUUCCUUACCCUGAGUACUUAUUAUAAGCCUCGUUUGCUACGAGCUUGUGGCCGAAAUUGCGAAUACUCCCUCUUGUAGAUUAUAUUAUUUAUGAAAAUAAAAUAAUUAGUUUUGAUCAA